UGAUCUCUCUUCUCUCUCUCUGUCAAAUAAAUAAAUAAAAUCUUAAAAAAAAAAAAAGAUAGUGUUUAUUAAGGGAAAUAGCAAAGUGAAGUAGAGGGUAGGGGGAGGGGAACAGGAAGAUAAAUUCUGUUUUACAAAUAAUUAUCUUGAGGUCGCCUUGACACUGAUUGUUAGAAAUGCCUAUUUUAAUGUGGAAAGACAGAGAUCUCUGUUGGGGAUAUAGUUUUAGAAGAUAGUUUGGCUUCAUAGAGAAAGAAGAUAAUCACUGGGGUAAUAGGGUUGAGGGAAUAAUUUUUUGUUUGUUUUUGCAUUGAAGGUCAAGAUGCCUAAGGGCAGACUGGUUAAAGAAAUUAGGUGGAGGUUCUUAGGAGAAGAGACAGAGACCUGGGAGUUAGGGAAGAAGGGUGUGCACAGAGGUGUAAAUAUUUUAAGAAACCAGAGGACACAGUGGGGUGGAGGAGGUAAGAUGUGUGUGAAGUUAGAAUUCACAUAAUGGUCUGCCUUGACUUCAGUAUUGGGAUGGAAUUAGGGACUUGGGGGAAAAAUAGACUUUGAAAGACAGAUUGUAGAGAAUGAGGCAGAAAUGUUGAGGUUAAUAAGGGGCUUGCUCAGAAAGAGUAAAAGAUGAGGUAAUGCUAGAUUUAUACCCAAAGUUUGAUCAGUGUUUUCUUAGAUCCUUGGCAUUCUCAAACUAAGAUAGAAGACCUCUUCAACUCAACACUCAUCUGAUUGCAGGCCAUGUAACCUUUGUGGGAGUAGGGAUUCGAAGGGGGUAGGAAACCUAUUCUCUUAAGAGUUUAGAGGAACUCAGUGUAGCCCAUGUAUCCCAGGCUCUUUAACAUGUGUAUGCCAAACACUGUAAAAAGUUAUAUUCAUUAGCUUAUUUACUACUCACCACAACUGUAUGGUGUUAUUAUCUGCAUUUUUAUAGAUUAUAUGAUUGAGUUUUAGACUUUAAUUAUUAGCAUUAUGUAACUAUUAGCAUAAGAGCUAGCAUAUAAUGCAAGUGAUGUGAUUUCAGAGCCUGCUUUGUUAACUACUGCUCUAUACAGCACUGCUGAAUAGAACUAUAAUGUAUACCACAUAUAUAUAAUUUUAGAUUUUCUCAUAGUCACAUUAAAAUAAGUGAAAAAAUGAAGUUAAUAAUACAUUGAGGUAAGCUGAUGUAUUCAGAAAAUCAUUUCAUUUUGUAGUCAGUGUAAGAAAUUAGUAAAAGUUUAUAUAUUUUUUUCAUAGUAAGUUUGAAACACAGAGUGUAUUAGAACAUCUUAAUUUGGAGUUGCCACAUUUCAAGUGCUCAGCAGUCACAUUUGUCUAGUGGCUACUACCAUGUUGGACAAUGCAGCUUAGACCUUUAGCCUGUUUGCAGUCUGAACCUGGGGUAGCAUGCUGACGGUGCCUUAGCACUCAUUUGUGUGAAUGGUAGAACGGUAAAGCAACUUACCUGUCCACAUUUUUCCUAACUGGAAAAGCCUCCCAGCACUUGAGAUCCACAAAAAGCCAUUGAAAGCUACUCUCCUAAAAGCUAGAAUGAAACAGUUGCCUGCAGCAACAGUGCGCCUCCUUUCAAGUUCUCAAAUAAUCACUUCAGUGGUCAGUGUGGUAAAAGAGCUCAUUGAAAACUCCUUGGAUGCAGGUGCCACAAGCAUAGAUGUUAAACUGGAGAACUAUGGAUUUGAUAAAAUUGAGGUACGAGACAAUGGUGAGGGUAUCAAGGCCAUUGAUGCACCUGUAAUGGCAGUGAAAUACUAUACUUCAAAAAUAAAUAGUCAUGAAGAUCUUGAAAAUUUGACAACUUACGGUUUUCGUGGAGAAGCCUUGGGAUCAAUUUGUUGUGUAGCUGAGGUUUUAAUUACUACAAGGACAGCUUCUGAUAAUUUUAGCACCCAGUAUGUUUUAGAUGGCAGCGGCCACGUAAUUUCUCAAAAACCUUCACAUCUUGGUCAAGGUACAACUGUAACUGCUUUAAGAUUGUUUAAGAAUCUCCCUGUAAGAAAGCAGUUCUACUCAACUACUAAAAAAUGUAAAGAUGAAAUUAAAAAGAUCCAGGAUGUCCUCAUAAGCUAUGGUUUACUUAAGCCUGACUUACGGAUUGUUUUUAUACAUAACAAGGCAGUUAUUUGGCAGAAAAAUAGAGUAUCUGAUCAUAAGAUGGCUCUCAUGUCUGUUCUGGGGACUGGCGUUAUGGGCAGUAUGGAGCCCUUUCAGUACCACGCUAAAGAAUCUCAGAUUUAUCUAAGUGGAUUUCUUCCAAAGCAUGAUGCAGAUCAUUCUUUAACAAGUCUUUCAACCCCAGAAAGGAGUUUUAUCUUUAUAAACCAACGACCAAUACAUCAAAAAGACAUAUUAAAGUUAAUCCGACAUCAUUACAAUCUGAAGUGUCUAAAGGAACCAACUCGUUUGUAUCCCAUUUUCUUUCUGAAAAUUGACGUUCCUACAGCUGAUGUGGACGUAAAUUUAACACCAGAUAAAAGUCAAGUAUUAUUACAGAAUAAGGAAUCUGUUUUAAUUGCUCUUGAAAAUCUGAUGACGACUUGUUAUGGAUCACUACCUAGUACAGAUUCUUACGAAAAUAAUAAAACAGAUGUUUCCUCAGCUGACAUCGUUGUUAGUAAUACAACAGAAACAGAUGUGCUUUUUAAUAAGAUGGAAUCAUCUGGAAAUAAUUAUCCAAAUGUUGAUAUUUCAGCCAUUCCUUUCCAAAAUGAUGUGCAUAAUGAUAAAUCUGGAAAAAGCACUAAUUAUUGUUUAAAUCAUCAGAUACAUGUUGAUGACCAUUAUGAUGAUCAUUUUAAUAGUGAAAAUUCUAACAUUGAUAGAAACAGUAGAAAUACAUUUCAAGAGAUCCCAGUGAAUAAUUUAUCUUGUGAGGAUGUCCGGAAGGAAUGUAGUGAGACUUGUUUUGUAGGUUCCGUUAAGCAUACCCAAUCAGAAAAUAGCAAUAAAAGCAAUAGCGCUGGGAGUGGGAAAAAUGAGGAAGCAGCAGUUCCUGAGACGUCUUUGGAAAUCUGCGCAGAUGACUGGAGCAAGGGAAAUACACUCAAAAAUUCAAUGGGAGGAAACAUUGAACCUGUGAAAAUUUUAGUGCCUCGAGAAAGUUCAGCCUGUGAGCGCAAUAAUAAAGCUUAUCCAAGCCCUGAACAAAAGAAUCUCAGUGAAGGUUCCUGUAACAAAAAAUCAAAUGUGCUAGAUAACAAGUCUGGACAGCUUACAGCAUAUGAUUUAAUUAGCAAUCGGGUAGUCAGAAAACCCAUGUCAGCCAGCGCCCUUUUUAUUCAAGAUCAUCGUGCUCAGUUUCUCACAGAAAAUUCCAAGACCAGUUUGGAGGAUACAACAGUACAAAUUGAAGAACUGUGGAAGACAUUGAGUGAAGAGGAGAAACUGAAAUACGAAGAGAAAGCUACUAAAGAUUUGGAACGAUACAAUAAGCAAAUCAAGAGAGCCAUUGAACAGGAAUCACAAACAUCAUUUAAGGAUGGCAGAAAAAAGAUAAAGCCCACCAGUGCAUGGAAUUUGGCACAGAAGCACAAAUUGAAAACUUCAUUAUCUAAUCAGCCUAAACUUGAUGAGCUCUUUCAGUCCCAAAUUGAAAAAAAGAACCAAAACAUUAAAAUAGUUCAGAUCCCCUUUUCUAUGGAAAACUUAAAAAAAAAUUUUGAGAAACAUAAAUUUGACUUAGAAGAGAAGGAGGAACUUUGCUUGCUGCACAAUCUCAAGUUUCCUGAUGCGUGGCUAAUUACAUCCAAAACAGAGGUAAUGCUAUUAAAUCCUUACAGAGUGGAAGAAGCCCUGCUAUUUAAAAGACUUAUUGAGAAUCAUAAACUUCCUGCAGAGCCACUGGAAAAGCCAAUUAUAUUAACAGAGAGUCUCUUUAAUGGAUCUCAUUAUUUAGAGAUUUUAUGUAAAAUGACCACAGAUGAUCAGAGAUACAGUGGAUCAGCUUACCUGUCCGAUCCUCGUCUUACAGCAAAUGGUUUCAAGAUAAAAUGGAUACCAGGCAUUUCCAUUGCUGAAGACUACUUGGAAAUAGAAGAAAUGGCUAAUUGUCUCCCAUUCUAUGGAGUGAUGGACUUAAAAGAAAUUCUUAAUGCUAUAUUAAACAAAAAUGCAAAGGAAGUUUAUGAAUGUAGACCUCGCAAAGUGAUAAGCUACUUAGAGGGAGAAGCAGUGCGUCUAUCUAGACAGUUGCCCAUGUACUUAUCCAAAGAGGAUGUCCAAGACAUUAUCUACAGAAUGAAGGACCAAUUUGGAAAUGAAAUUAAAGGGUGUGUUCAUGGUCGCCCAUUUUUUCAUCAUUUAACCCAUAUUCCAGAAGAUACCUGAUUAAAUAUGUUUAAGAAAAUUUGUUACUAUUAAAAUUGUUUUGGUAAUAAAAUAAUAGGAGUCAGUCUUUAAACGA